UUGUGACUGUCAUCUAAUGUGAAAAAAAAAAUGUAUCCUCAGAUUUUUUUUUUUAACUUCUUCCAGUCCGAGAUAGAUAAACCUCGAUACAAUAGUUUUAUUUCACAAUUUCGAACAUGCGUAAUACCAAAAUCUUGGCUGGUUCCUCACAUCCUGAGCUUGCUGAACUUGUCUCUAAACGCCUCGGCACACCCCUUUCUAACUGUACAUUAAAGAAAUUCAGCAAUAAAGAAACUAGCGUUGAAAUUGGUAAAUGGGUCAUAAGCAUUUAAGAAAUCAAUAAUAUCUAAAUUGCUUCAUUUAGGUGUUUCUGUUCGUAAUGAGGAUGUAUUUAUCAUUCAAUCUGGUUCCAACAACAUGAAUGAUAAUAUUAUCGAGCUUUGUAUCAUGAUUCAAGCUGCUCGUAUUGGUUCAAGCAAACGUAUUACUGCCGUUUUGCCUUACUUCCCUUAUUGUAAGCAAAGCAAGCGUAAGGGUAGAACCAGCAUUACUGCCAAGUUAAUUGCAAAUAUGUUGGCUGUUGCUGGUGUUGAUCAUAUUAUUACAAUGGAUCUUCAUGCUUCACAAAUGCAAGGUUUCUUUCAGCGCCCCGUUGAUAACUUGUAUGCUGAACCUGUUAUUGCUCGAUGGAUCACACAAAGUGUUCCCAACUGGCAAAAUGGUGUUAUCGUCUCAAAAAAUGCAGGUGGUGCAAAGAGAGUUACAUCCUUGGCUGAUGCUCUUCGACUCGAUUUUGCUUUAAUUCAUAAGGAUCGUUCUCGUAUGGGACCUCAAGGUCAAAAUCGUCCUUAUAGUGGUAUGCCUAAAUCAGGCGAAGGUGAUUCCUCUGCUCGUGUUUACGAAGAAGAACUUGCUGUAAAAGAAGACAAUCAUGAUGAAGAUUUAACUGCUUCUAUUUCUUCAUUAAAUGAUGCUGGUAUUAAUGGGGAUGUCUUAAAUGCUGCCGUAUCUGUCGUAUCUGAUAAAGAUGGUGAAAGUACAAUUACUUUGGUUGGUGAUGUUAAGGGCAAGAUUGCGUUCUUAACUGAUGAUAUUAUUGAUAAUGUUGGAACUUUCUUAGAUGCAGCUGAACAUUUAGUAAAGAAAUGUGGCGCAGAUAAAGUCUAUAUUAUUGCUACACAUGGUGUCUUGAGUGGCAAUGCAAUUCAAAAGAUUGAAGCUUGUGACAGUGUAUAUAAGUUGGUUGUCACGAAUACCUUCCCCAUUCCUAAAGAAAAGAUGGAUCAAUCAAGUAAAUUGAUUGUUAUUGAUAUUUCUUAUACACUUGCUGAAGCAAUUAGAAGAACUCAUAACGGUGAAAGUGUAAGUUACCUCUUUAAUCAUGCGGAAUAAAGUGUCAUUUUUAUUAUAAUAAAAUAAUGAAUAUAAUUAUCCCUUUUUUCAUAUAUUUAUA